AUGGCACAAGUAUUUGCAUUUCCAGAUUCAAGAAGAUGGCUCAUGUAUGUGGAAGAUGGUGGUAUGGAUGUGGAGCUCAAUCAUCAGGUGAUUCUCUAUGAGGAAGAACUGGGAAAUCAUAAUGAGAACACAGGGGAUAAGCUCCAUUUGGCCCAGGAGCAGCUUGCCCUGGCUGGGGACAAAAUCGUCUCCCUCGAAAGGAGCUUAAAUCUCUACAGGGAUAAAUACCAGGCUUCCCUGAGCAACAUCGAGUUACUUCAGUGCCAAGUGAAGAUGUUGGAGGGGGAGCUCAGGGAGAUCGUCGGUCAGGAGCCUGAGAACAAGGGUGAUCAUUCAAAGGUGCGUAUAUACACUUCUCCCUGCAUGAUUCAAGAGCAUCAGGAGACCCUGAAACGAUUGUCUGAAGUCUGGCAAAAGGUCUCUGAACAGGAUGAUCUAAUACAGGAACUUCGAAAUAAGCUAGCCUGCAGUAACGCUUUGGUUCUGGAGCGUGAAGAGGCUUUGAUAAAAUUACAAGCAGACUUUGCUUCCUAUACAGCCACCCACCGACACCCCCCUAGCUCCUCAGAAGAUUGUGAAGACAUCAAAAAGAUACUGAACCACUUGCAGGAGCAGAAAGACAGCCAGUGCUUGCACGUGGAGGAGUACCAGAACCUCGUGAAGGAUCUGCGCAUGGAGCUCGAGUCCGUGUCAGAACAGAAGAAAAACAUCAUGAAGGACAUGAUGAAGCUAGAGCUGGACCUGCACGGGCUGCGGGAGGAGACAUCUGCCCACGUGGAGAGGAAGGAUAAAGAGGUCAUCAUCAUACAGCGGCGACUGCAGGAGCUGCAGACGCAGUUCACCGAGACGCAGAAGCUUGGUUUGAAGAAAGACAAGCUCCUCCAGGAGAAAGACGAAAUGCUGCACGAGCUAGAGAAGGAGCUGGCGCAGGUUCAGAACAAUCUCGUGAAAAAGGAGAUGGAGCUGGAGAAGCAGCAGUGCAUGACAAACGAGCUGGAAAUCGCCAUCCAGGAGGAGAGGCAGGACAAGUGCAAGGUCGAGUACGGGCACCUGCGAGCUGAGAUCAAGAAGCUGAAGGACUGUCUCGAAGACGCCAAACAGCAGCAGAGGCUGGCUGCUCAGCAAGCAGCUGACUACAAAGAAGAGGCCUUUAUGGCAAAUGACAGCCUGGAGGACUGCCAGAGGAAGCUGCAAAGCUGUAUUUGCCUGGAGAAGCAGCAGGCAGAGACCAUCCAGGAGCUCCAGAGGGAGCUUCAGAAGUUGCAGAAGGACUCCCUGACAGCUGAGGAGGAGCUCGCCCCCAGCAGGAAACGGAUAGAGGAGCUGACAUUAGAAUUCUCUGAGGUCACGAGAAAGCUUGAAAUUUCAGAGAAGGAAAAGAGGCAGCUUCAGAAGACACUGGCCGAGCAAGAUGUAAAACUGAACGAACAGCUAGAUCGUAUAAACCACAUUCAACACCAGAACAGGGAGCAAGCCUCCUCCAAAAGCAGUCUAGAAGAACAACUUCAGGAGGUAACCAGAUUGCUGGAGGAGAAAAAGGAGCAGCUGAAAAAGAGCAAAGAUCAGCAGAAGUUAGUGGAGCAAGAGUUCGAGACAUUCCGACUAGAAGGAAGAAGGAAAGAAAAGAUGUCCAAGGAGAAUCUGAGAAAGAUGGAGGAGGAGAAUGAUAACCUCAAGUCACAGGUAAAUCAAUAUAGUAUACAACUGGACACCUCGCUCUCCAAACAAAACAGCACCCAGCAAGUCAACGAGGAGCUGACUAAUAAGAUAACCUCUCAGAAGGAGACCAUAGCGAGUCUGAAGAUUCAGCUAGACAAGGCUGGGGAGAAAGAGAAGCACUACCUCCAGACCAUGAUCAGUAAGGACGUCUAUGAGGAGUUAUGCCGGAAGUCAGCCUGCUGCCAGGACGACCUCACACAAGCCCUGGAGAAGCUCAAUCAUUCGACCUCAGAGACAAAGAAUCUGCACCGGAGCCUGACACAGGCCCAAGACAGGAAACUUCAGCUGGAAGAAGAAAUCAUUGCCUAUGAAGAGAGGAUGAAAAAGCUGAAUGCGGAGUUAAAAAAACUGCAGGGCUUCCAGCAGCAGAGCGAGCUAGAGGUGCAAGCCUUCGACAAAAAGCUGGAGGAUAUGAGCAACCAGGUGCUGCAGUGGCAGAAGCAGCACCAGUGUGACCUCAAGAUGCUGGCUGCUAAAGAGGAGCAGCUCAAGGCAUUCCAGGAGGAAAUGUGCGCCCUCAAAGAGAACCUCCUGGCGGACGAGAAGGAGCCCUGCCUGCCCCAGCGGUCUGCACCCAAAGACAACUGCAGGAUGCACCGAGAGAAUGAUCAGAUUAUGUCCAACAUGGAGCAAUGGGCAAAAGAGCAGAAGAUUGCCAAUGAGAAACUAGGAAACAAGCUCCGGGAACAGGUCAAAUAUAUCGCCAAGCUGACUGGUGAAAAGGACCACCUCCACAAUGUGAUGGUCCAUCUGCAAAAGGAAAACAAGAAGCUAAAGCAUGAAAUAGAGGAGAAGAAGCUGAAAGCUGGGCCCUCGAGGGUAUAUGCUAAAGCCCUAUGCCAAAGCAAAACAGAACCCACAAUCAGGGGGAAAGUGUAUGGUACCUUGGGCUGGAGGGGGAUAACCCAGGAUGUGAGCCAAAGAAUGGACAUCACCAAGUUUGUCGGGAUACCCCACUGCUCAGGUUCCUCAUUUUGCUAGAAUCAGCGCCUUGCCCCGAGCAUCAUUUCCACGCAUGUUUUUCAGAGGACAGUGAGUUCCCAUCCCUCUCUCUUGACUUGAGCCAGCUCUAAUGGGAAUAUGUCAAGGUCCCAGGCUAUUCUGCAAGAUGCUAACGUUUUACUGAGCUUUGUCCACUUCCUGCUGUGGAGUGAGCCUUGGAACCAUACUAUACCCUCUCCGGGCCCAAAUUCUAAAAUAAAGACAUGAACACAGA